AUGGUGGGCUCAUGUGGAGAUGGGGCCUCCCGAUCCUAUUCUGGGGGUGACGGAAGCCUUCAAACGAGACACCAGCACGAAGAAGAUGAACCUGGGCGUUGGGGCCUACCGAGACGACAAUGGGAAGCCGUAUGUGCUGGACUGCGUCCGCAAAGCAGAAGCCCAGAUCACUGCAAAGAAGCUGGACAAGGAGUACCUGCCCAUUGCAGGGCUGGCGGACUUCAACAAGGCAUCAGCUGAGCUGGCUUUGGGAGAGACAAAUGAGGUCAUUCAGAGUGGCCGGUAUGUCACCGUUCAGACAAUUUCUGGAACGGGUUCAUUGCGAGUCGGCGCCAACUUCUUGCAACGGUUCUUCAAGCCGAGCCGUGAUGUGUACCUCCCCAAACCCUCGUGGGGGAAUCACACUCCCAUCUUCAGAGACGCAGGGAUGCAGCUGCAAAGCUAUCGGUACUACGACCCCAAAACGUGCGGCUUUGACUUCACAGGAGCCUUGGAGGACAUUUCCAAAAUUCCCGAAAAGAGCGUUGUUCUCUUCCACGCGUGCGCUCACAACCCAACCGGAGUGGACCCUCGCCCAGAGCAGUGGAAGGAGCUGGCGGCCCUGGUGAAGAAAAAGAGCCUCUUUGCCUUUUUCGACAUGGCUUACCAAGGCUUUGCCAGCGGAGACAUCAACCGAGAUGCUUGGGCCGUGCGCCACUUCAUCGAGCAGGGCAUCGACGUCGUGCUCUGCCAGUCCUAUGCCAAGAACAUGGGCCUGUAUGGGGAGCGCGUGGGAGCCUUCACAGUCGUCUGCAAGGAUGCGGAGGAGGCCAAGAGGGUGGAGUCCCAGCUGAAGAUCCUGAUCCGCCCCAUGUACUCCAACCCGCCCAUCAACGGGGCUCGGAUUGCCUCCACCAUCCUGAAUAGCCCUGAGCUGCGGAAGGAAUGGCUGGCAGAGGUCAAGGGGAUGGCUGACCGCAUCAUCGGCAUGCGCACCCAGCUGGUGGCGAACCUGAAAAAGGAGGGCUCCUCCCACAACUGGCAGCACAUUACCGACCAGAUCGGCAUGUUCUGCUUCACGGGGCUCAAGCCAGAGCAGGUGGAGCGGCUCACCAAGGAGUUUUCCAUCUACAUGACCAAGGAUGGGCGCAUCUCCGUCGCGGGAGUCACGUCUGGCAACGUCGCCUACCUGGCCCACGCCAUUCACCAAGUCUCCAAGUAGAUCCGGGGCAGAACUGGGCGGAGCGGAUGGCUCCCUUUGGUGUUCUUGGGCACUUCGGCUUGGCCGGCAGGGCACGCAGGAGGCGGCGGCAGCAGCAGGUGGAGCACAUCCCUCCGCAGCACCCCCCCCAACACCGUUCAGCAGUCCUGCCUACCCAGUGCUGCUCCUGCCAGUGCCGCCAGGCUCCAGGCAGAGUAGUUGAAAUGAGUUAAAAUUCCCAUGUGCAAGUUAACCCAAA